CCCUUAAACUAACCAUCGAUUCUGAACCGCUCCGAAAGUUGAUUCACUCCAAACCCAGAAUAGAAUGUUCUUCCAUUACUUUCCUCUGUUAUCUCCUUCUCUUUUGAUGCAAUCAUCUCUUCAUUGUCUGCCCUUUGAACAAGAAGAAGAACAAAAGUGUUGCAGAGAUUGGGUUGUGCUGAGAGCUGAGAGAUGGGGAGAGGGAAGAUUGAGAUUAAGAGGAUAGAGAAUUCAACAAACAGGCAGGUUACAUACUCGAAGAGGAGAAAUGGGAUCAUGAAGAAGGCUAAGGAGAUCACUGUUCUUUGUGACGCUGAGGUUUCACUUGUUAUCUUCUCUAGCACUGGCAAGAUGUCUGAGUACUGCAGCCCUAACACCACGCUGAUCAAGCUCCUGGAUAGAUACCAGAAGUCUUCUGGCAAGAGAUUGUGGGAUGCAAAGCAUGAGUUUCUCAGCAACGAAAUAGACAGAAUCAAGAAAGAGAAUGACGCCAUGCAGAUCGAGCUCAGGCACUUGAAGGGUGAGGAUAUCAAUUCACUGACCCCGAAGGAGCUUAUCCCCAUUGAAGAAGCUCUCGAGAAUGGUCUGGUCAAUGUCCGCGCCAAACAGAUGGAGUACUUGAAGAUGCUGGAGAAGAAUGGAAGAACGCUGGAGGAAGAUAACAAUCGCCUCAAUUUUAUCUUGCAUCACCAACAAAUGGGAAUUGACAAUGGUGUGAGGGAGAUGGAAAAUGGGUAUCAUCAGAAAGGAAGGAACUAUUCUUCAUCAUCAAUGCCUCUGGCCUUCCGUGUGCAGCCAAUCCAGCCCAAUUUACAGGAAAGCAAAUAGCCUAACAAUAUUGCAUGGAAUCCAACUCCUGUAGCUUAUUAUCUAAACUCCAUUUAUCUACUGUUACAAAACAGCACUUACAAGAGGAGAAAUGUGUAAUAAUAUGUGCACAUGCUUGGCCUUUGGCCUCUUACUAUCUUAUCACAAUUCACCAUGAACUUAACAUGCUAGCC